AUGGCCACAAAACUCGUAUCGUCAUCAACCGAUGGAUUCUUUCAAGAACUGCCCAUCUUGCUGCCACUGUUCACCACUUCAGACACACUGGGGGUUGACACAUCAGACGACAAAGCAUUGGCCAGAGUCCUUCCUCUGUAUCUUCCCUCAACAGCAAAACAACCUCUCCAAGCAGUCCACGACAUCAGUCGCUUGUCCCUAGACCCAAAGAUCCUAGCCCACGCAGUAGAUGCAGAAACCAACCAUCCCAAACUCCGACCCUUCAACACUUUUGGUCAAGAGAAUAAAAACGAUCCGCUAUGGACUACAGCAGGUUGGAAAGCACUGAAAACUAUGUAUCAGGAAACUGGCUUGAUCGGGGUUGCUUACGAUCAAGGGAAGAAUGACUGGAACAGACGUGUGCAUCAAUUUGCCAUGAAUCAUGCUUUCAUCUGUACGGCGACCAUGACAGGGUGUCCAAUGAGCAUGACCGACGGAGCUGCAAAACUGCUUCAAGGACAUUUAGACACUGAAGAUGGAGACCAACCUGGUCUGAAGGAUGUUAUCCAGGAAGCAUAUCGCCGACUUACCUCCAACGAUCCACAAGAAGCAUGGACAGCAGGACAAUGGAUGACAGAGCGAUCUGGCGGCAGCGAUGUCAGCGGUACCGAGACCUUCGCAACAAGACUCUCAGCUUCUGAAUUAUCUGCAGAAGCGCGAAAAGGGGGAAGCCAAGAUGCCCACGGCAUGCCUUNNUUAGGUCCCUGGUCAAUCUCAGGUUUCAAAUGGUUCAGCAGCGCCACAGACUCUGACAUGGCGAUGUUACUCGCUCAAACCUCCAACGGUCUCUCCCUCUUCUUCGCACCUUUGCGCCGGCGUAAACCCUCUCCAACCACCCACUCUUCCCCCUCCGAACUCAACGGCAUACGCAUCCAACGCCUCAAAGAAAAACUCGGCACAAAGUCCCUCCCAACCGCAGAACUCGAACUCAAAAACAUGCGCGCCUAUCUCAUCGGCACCGAAGGCCGCGGCAUCAAAGAGAUCUCCGCGAUACUAAACCUCACACGUUUAUACACUGCACACGGCGGCGCCGGCUACUGGGCACGUGGCCUCCAAAUCUGCCGCGCACACUCUCGCGUCCGUAAAGUGCGAGGAGGGCUUCUGGCACACAAUCCCGCGCACCUGCGCUGGAUGGCAGCAGAGACUGUAAAGUAUACCGCAGCAACACAUUUUGCGUUUUUCGGUAUCGCCAUGUAUGGCGCCAUGGAACAAGAUGCAGACAAGGUGGUUCGCGAUACCAAAGCUUUUGCUCUGAUCCCUUCUGACAAAGAUCACCUGGCAAUCCUCCUGCGCCUUCUGACGCCAGUAAUGAAAAGCCAAAUCACCAUUGCCAGUGUAGCAGGACUCAGAGAAGCAAUGGAAUGUCUAGGCGGCGUCGGCUACUGCGAAAACAACGAAGACGGCGGCCUCCUAAACGUCUCUAAAAUCUUUAGAGAUGCACUGAGUGGACCCAUCUGGGAAGGCACUGUAAGCGUCAUGGCUGAGGAUGUGGUGAGGGUGUUGACGGAUCCUCGAAUUGGGGAAGGCAAAUGUAUUCAAGCCGUUUAUGCGCCUUGGGUGCGAAGUGUCUUGACUGCAUGUCAAGCGACAUUUUCUGAAGAGUCCGAGCUUGUGGUGGUCAGACUCACGGCUUUGGAGCAAAUGAUCGAGGUUGUCGACAAGGGGCAAUUGCUGUUCCAAGGACGUGAGUUGCUGCAGCAUUUGGAAUGGGUGACUUGUGCGGUGCUGCUUAUGUUUGAUGCCUGCACUGAUGGGGAUGAGGUCGCUGUCGAGAUAGCCCGCAGAUGGGCAAGGGGUCAUCCCAUGAGCCCGACAGCGUGCAAUCUCCCUAGCGGAACCGACUGGACGAAGACUUCGGAAAUGGACAGAAAGAUAUUUCUAGGACGCGACGAAGGAGCAUUGGGCAGUGCAACCGCAAAAUUGUAG